UCGAAUUGGCGUGACAAAUAAACAGUCACGUGAACUCCACGUGUUCAAAGUCUCCUACGACAAUGCUGACGUCCUACUAAAAGCCGGUAUGAUCGAUCGCAACACCCGGAGGCUACCGAUGCAGACACGUUGUCCCUGAGGAGCUUCCGGUGUGCCUCCCGCCCAUUAGACACGACCUAAAGCGCCCAACCCUAUCGCACUUUACUCCACGGGAACCGGUUAAGUUAUAAGCCUAUUGCGGGAACAGAUUGGAACUGUAAACAGUAACGAAGCCCACCGGAGGAGACGGAAAAUAAAGAUCGAGAGAGAGGCUGCGAGUGCGGCUUCUGAUUGGAUCCGUUUCCUCCCACCGCCGCGCCGACGAACAUGGAGGCGCCGUCAUACGCGGAGGCAGCGUAUGAGUUCCAGUGGGGGCCAUCCCCCCGCAUUCCCGGCGACGGCGGGUCCAAGCCGGGGUGGAUCAGCCCCCCGCUAAUCGCCAUGGUGGCCGUCGUUGGCACCGCCUUCCUCAUCGUCCUCUACGCCCGGAUCCUCUCCCGAUACCUCCGCCUCAUCCGGCGCCGUUGGCACCGGUGGAGGCGGCGGCGGAGGUUUCUGCAGUCCAUGGCCGCGACGUCGGACCUGGACUCCCUCCCACCGUUCAACGGCGGCGGCUCCUUCGGCUCCUCCUCGGACUUCUUUCUCUCUCCCUACGGCCUCGACGACGCGGCCAUCAAGGCGAUCCCAGUGUCGCUGUUCUCGCGGACCAAGGCCAAGCAGCAGGCCGCCACGAACCGGGAGUGCGCGGUGUGCCUGUUGGAGUUCGAGGACGAUGACACUCUCCGCACGCUGCCACUGUGCGCCCACGCCUUCCACAUGGACUGCAUCGACAUGUGGCUCCGAUCGCACCCCACCUGCCCCCUCUGCCGUGCCGCCGUGCUCCGCCACGAGGCCGCCUUCGUCCCCAUGCGCGCCGCUCGGAUCCGCCCCAGCCUGGACGACAUCCUCCUCAUUGACCCGCCGCCCGACCGCGGGGGCGACGCGAUCCUCCUCCCGAACCCCCACACCGGCCCCGAGAUCGCCUCAGCCGCGGGAUCCCCGCUCGCGGCCGAGGAACGGUUCGUGUCACGAGGGUUCCUACUCAAGCGCUCAUACUCCUUCGGGUUCGAGGGGAGCCUGGCGGCGGAGCGGAUGCUCUUAGAGGCAUCCACGGCAUCGCCAUGGCGGUACCGCCACCAGCGGGGGGGCUUCUGGAGCAAGCGGUGGCCGUCGCCUUUUGGGGGCGUCGGCAUGGGGUCCUCCUCUGUCUCGCGGGCGGCGAGGGUCUUCUCCUUCCGCGGCGCCACCGCGGCCCUGGCCAAGUCCCCGGCCUUUUCUAAGCGGCGAGGGUUAUUCCCGCUCUCGUGGGAACCGAGCGGGCGGCUUAUCGUCAGCAGCGCGGGUCCGUCCCUCUUCCCGCGGCCGUCGUUCUCGUCAUCGUCAUCGUCAUCGUCAUCGUCAUCGACAUCGUUGGUGUUUUCAUCGAGCCGGAUGCGGUGCGGGGAUCCGGAGGCGCUGCUGUCCCCGGAGCGGCUGAAGCAAUCGACGCCCACGCAACGCUGACCUGGAGCCGUCGGCGUUGGCAGGCAAGGGUAGGCCGGUGGAGCCAAUGGAUGAGGUGGAGCUCUUUAAUGGCGGUCGCAAUGCACCAUUUAAUGAUCUGCCUGCCUCUUUAAUGAGCAUAUGAAAGCGGAGAGAGAGAGAGAG